AGAAUCAACAACAAACAUGUUCGCUAAAAUCUUGGCUGUUUCCGCAUUGGUAGCUUGCGCUCAAGCUGGAGUCUUCGAACUUGGACAUGGACAACAUGCUAGUUCUUACUCUUCCAUCAACCAACAUGUAGCACCAGUUGCCCACUACGCCGCCCCAGUUGCUCAUUAUGCCGCCGCCCCAGUAGCACAAUACGCCGCCCCAGUUGCCCACUAUGCUGCCGCUCCAGUUGCCCACUACGCCGCCCCAGUCGUCAAGGCCGUUCACCAAGAAGUAUAUGCUGAUACCCACCCACAAUAUUCUUACGAAUACGGUGUACAAGACGCCCAUACCGGUGACGUAAAGAACCAACACGAAGAACGCGAUGGAGAUGUUGUCAAGGGAUACUACACCUUGGUCCAACCUGAUGGUGUUACCCGUACCGUUCACUACACCGCUGACUCCCACAACGGUUUUAACGCUGAAGUUGAAUACAAGGGAGAACCAAUCGUCCAAAAAGCAGUAGUAGCCAAGACCAUCGUAGCUGCUCCAGUUUACAACGAGCACUGGAGCAGCUACUACAACUUUCACAGGAACUAUUGUUUUGUGCACUAUUGGAAUUCCCUUGUAUUCGACGUUAGCGUUGAAACCAUGGUGUGCAUCAGAUGUGUAAUGGACAACACGAGUAACACCAUCAGGUUGGACCAACAUGUAGAAUCCCUUGACGAUAUCACCGUGGCGUUCUUCGUCUUGGACUCCGUAUUCAAAAUAAUAAUGCGCAGGAAUAUCAAUGUAAACUUCCUUCUUGAUAACAGGAGCUUCAUCAUGCGACCCUAUAGGGGCAACAAUGUGAGCUACUGGUGUAGCAUGUUACUAUUGGAGUCACAGGAACUAUGGAAGUUGCAUAAACUACUGGUCAUGCAUAUUUUGGCUAUUUCUGCUGUCGUAGCUUUUGCUCAAGGUGGAGUUAUCAAUCUUCAUCACGAUGCUCAUGCCACAUCUUUCUCCUCCCUUAAUUUUGGAGUUCCGGUCGCACAUGUUGCUCCAGUAGCUGCAGUAGCUCACGUUGCUCCACUUGCUCAUGUAGCACCAGUAGCUCAUAUCACACCCGUUGUUGCUAAAGUUGUAGCUCCAGUCAUCAAGAAGGAAAUUUACGCUGAUGUUCCAGCUCAUUACUCUUACGAAUAUGGAGUUAAAGAUUCCCACACCGGAGACAUCAAGGACCAUCAUGAAGAACGCAAUGGUGAUGUAGUUAAGGGAUUCUACACUCUGGUCCAACCUGAUGGUGUCACCCGUACCGUCCAUUACACUUCCGAUGCUCACAAUGGUUUCAACGCCAACGUUGAAUAUAAAGGAGAACCCAUUGUACAAAAGGCUGUAGUAGCUAAGGCCAUCGUUCCAGUCAAAGUAACUGCUCCAGUUUAUCAUGCUUACCACCACUAA